UAUGGACUAAUACUAUUACUAUUGACUAAUACUAUUCAAUCUCAAAUUGUUGUCCUCAAACUUAUAAUAUCAUAAUUUAUACGUGUCUAUUUCCCAAAUACAUUAUAUUUUAUACGAUAAUUGUAAACUAUUUACAGUUGAUUAAGUUUUUUUCGGAUCAAAUAGUUUUUUGAAUACAAAAUCGCUCAUGUACGAGUUAAAAUUUGUUACCUUAAUAGUAAUCACCAAGUUUGUGUCGAAUAUCGUCUGCACACAUGACGUCAACCUGUCCAUGUUUAUGUAUUUAGUAAACCAUUUGACUCCGCAAGAAUGCGUAAAACUCACUGCUUAUUUGUAUGCCGAGGGCCUUGAACUAACGGCAGUCAAAGAACUUGAACAAGACUUGCCAUUAGAUGAAACUUGUUUAUCGUUAUUAAUGACAUGGAAUAACAGUGCUGGAAAGGAAAAAAAUUUUCUCAGUAUAGCUGAUUGUUUAAGAAAAAUAAAUCAUGAAAAAUUAGCAGAAUGGUUGUCAGACACAGUUUUUACCCAAUUAAGUAUGGAACUAAAUGAUAGUUUUCUUCAAAACACUACGACACAAAGAAAUACUGUUACAGUUUCGUCUCGACCACGGAAAAUUCUACAAACUGAACAUUGUCCUUUUGAUAAAAAUAUUUUGUUUUUAUUAUUUGAUACGUUCUGCAUGUAUUUAAUUACAAUGACCAUCGUAACAUUUGUAUUCUAUUCAUUGGGUUUGUUGAUUCGAUUUGUGAAAGAAAGCCAAAACAUUCUAAGCAAGUAUAUUAAUUUUAGAAAUUAAAAAGUAACAUUAUAU